AAAUGGUAGCGACCCAGGAGCAGAUGCAGUUGGCCCAGCUGACCAUGGACCAGAGAGACUACUGCGCUCAUUAUCUGCUGAAGUUUAUGAAGUGUAAGAGGAACAAUUUUCCCAACCUCUGGGCCUGCAAACACGAGAAGCACGACUGGGACUACUGUGAACACCUGGACUAUGUGAUGCGCAUGAAGGAGUAUGAGAGGGAGARGAGACUCCGGAUGAGGAAGAAGAGAAUUGAAGCCAAAGCAGAAGCUGCAUGAUGAGAGCAUUUUCUGAAUGUGCUUCUUUGUAUAUACUGGUUAAUAACAAUAAACAAUAUUGUUUAAACUCUA